AGGAAAUGAAUGGCCUUCAGGCAAGAUUUGAAGGACAAAUCCAGUCACUGCAAGAAAGCUUGGAUGUUUCUAAGGCUGACAUGCAAUCUCUGACAGAAAAGAAUAAGCUUCUAGCUCACAGUCAGCAAGAUGCCUCUAUGCACAAUGAAUUCUUGAAGAAAGAGCUUGAUCAAGCACAAGGAUUAAAGGUGUUUUUUUUUCCGUGGAGUGCGCCUCCGGUUCCUGUUGAUCUGCUGCUCCCCUCUUGGUGUCAGAUGAUGUCAUUUUACAAGCUGAAAACUACAAGCUGCUUAUAGACCAAACUGAGGAGCGCUUAAAACAGACGGAGCUGGACAAAGUAAGCCAAAGGGACAACUUCAGGCAAAAAGAGGAGGAGUUAUUAGCCAAGAUGCAGGAACUGGAGGACAAGUACGUUGUACAACUGCAAGAAAAGGCAAAUCUCCUGCUUGAAAGCAACUCCAGAGAGAACAGUUUAUGUGAAGAAUUGGAAGCCUUAAAGCAGGAAGUGAGCCAAGGAGAUGGCCAGCUUCAGACCUUACAAAAAAGAGAGGAAGAGCUGAAAGUGCUCCUGCAGAAAGAACUGGAGACCUCCAGUGCACUUAAGCUGGAACUGCAGAAAGUGCAAGAAGAAACCAUGACCGAGAGGAGUCUUCUGGAAGAAGAGCUAGAGGGGGCACUGGAUGAGCUAGAUAGACUACAACAACAGGAGGAAGAGGCAGAGCGAAUGAUACUCCAACUAGAGAAGGUGAACAAGGCGAGGGCCAAGGAGCUGGCUCGUCUAGAAGAAACUUUAAAAGGGUGAGCUGUACAAUUACAUAUGUAAAUGUCAGGCAAGUGUGUAUGUAGGUUGGAAGGAAUAGCUGACAGCUGAAUAAGUAUUGGGUGUGUGAAUCAUUGAUGGUUCCUUUGUGCUGAUUCAUGAUGAUCUUUUUCCACUGAAAGCCCUCCUACAUAAACGUUUUUAAGGGAACCUGUCACCUCCUAAACACCCCAAGCCGGCGGCAGUACAUGAAAGUAGCCAGCAGCAUGUUUGUAACGAUCCUUUACUUCCUGCAGGCAGAUGAAGCAAAAGCUGUAAAAACAUUCUUUAACCCCCUGCCGACGCGCUUCUCUAGUCAGGUUUGCAGUCACGGAGGCAGCGGCCUCCUUGCUUUGUCACUGUAACCACGCCCCCUUCCCUACGCCUUCGCUGUGAUUGACAGCGCUAUUGCACGACAGUUCAGCUAGCUUUGCUAAACUGCCGGCUGUCAGAGGUGACAGGUUCCCUUUAAAUACCCUGACCUGAAUCUGCAACUCCUGCUCUGAUGCCUAACAUUAAAGGGUGGGCUUAAUUAUUAUUUUUUUUUCCUGAAAAGCCAAAUGUGUGCUAACCCUGUGGUGUCUUCACUGUCAUCACAUCAAACUGUUGCACUUUCUCUCCACCGCCUUUAGAGGUUGUCUGUUCCCAAAAUCAAAAUUAUUUGUGCUCCUAACAACCCUCUCCAUGCCUACAUAUGCCCUCAAAGCACAUCCAAACAAAUCUGUCAAAUCUAAUCCUAUCCUGUGAUACAGCCUGCUGAGCUGUAUAUCUAAUCCCAUUUUGUAUGAUACAGCCUGCUCAGCUGUGUAUCUAA